UCCAAAACUGUGCAGUCAAAAACAAUUACUUGUAAAGUUUUAACUAAAUUAUUACAUUCACCCCUGCAAGACCGCUAAAUUAUCAGUAUCCAAGAAUUUCAGAAAAUUUCACAGUCCCCCUGAGCGAUCAAUUUAGUUUCUAGAAACGCCUAAAAAGUAGCAACCCCAUCUAUAUAUUAUAUAUACGAUUUUCAUUUAUUCAAAUAAAAGAGGAUCAAAAAUCCAAAACCCUAGAUAACAGCGAUGGGAGUAGAGAAGCAAAUUUUGACCCCCGGAACCGGCCCCAAACCAACUGCCGGCCAGAAGGUCACCGUUCACUGCACCGGUUAUGGCAAAAAUGGUGAUCUCUCUCAAAAGUUCUGGAGCACUAAGGAUCCUGGGCAGCAGCCUUUUAGUUUCCAAAUUGGCCAAGGUUCUGUUAUAAAAGGAUGGGAUGAAGGUGUGUUGGGAAUGCAAGUGGGAGAGGUUGCUCGUCUGCGGUGUUCUCCAGAUUAUGCUUAUGGUGCUGGUGGAUUUCCAGCAUGGGGAAUUCAACCUAAUUCAGUCCUGGAGUUUGAGAUUGAAGUCUUAAGCCUACAGUGACUACGUGAUAGGAGUUGAAAACAGGCUACAGAACUAUCUGGAUAAUUUGAAUGACUUGCAUCAUCAUAGACAUUUCUAGAUGUUAUCGUUAUACUUUUGAUGAAUAUGAUAUGGGAUUGAUGAAUCUAUCUGCCUUAUUUACUCUUCAUUUAAUAUAAUCUGUGCAACUUUUAGCAAUAA